AUGACGGUGCCAUCGGGGUACCAGAGAGUCGACUCAGAUCCUACGCUCUCCGAACAUCCACAACAUAAUUAUAAUGAAGGCGUCUCAUACCAAGAUGGCCCUCCAGCAUAUAUGGACGUGGAGAGUGGGGAGGAGCUCGGUGAGCUCGAACGGGAAGAACUCGCCGAUCGCCUCGGCGACAUUCCGUCAAACUUCAUGCGACGCGCUCGACGAAGUGCCGUCUUCGAUGCGAUGGCCUCAAGGCAUAAUUCGGACAAUUGGGAGACGACGCAUCUACUAUCCUGCAAUCAAAAUCAUCAUGAUAGUGCGCACGAUGAAGGUGAGGACGAGGAGGAUUCAAAAGAUGAGGACGAGGAAGAGGAAGAGCGGAAUGGGCUUAAGAAGUACGCCAAGCUCAUCCUGCCCCAUGUUGGGCUUGUCGUUCUUACCUGUAUCUACACAACACUUGGUGCAUUGUUGUUUUGGAACUGCGAGCAGCCAUAUGAAAUGUCGACAAAACGGGAGCAGCUUGACGCCAUCUACGCACGUCAAGAGGAAUUUGUCGAAUCUUUAGUCAAAAUGGCGGCUCGUAAUCGCACCUCCCGCGCCGAAUGGGAAGUAGCCGCCCAAAAUCAUAUGCAUACCCUAUCUGAUCAAUUAUUUGUUGCAUUUGAGAAAUAUUUUUUAACCAGUCAUGAGGUCCGACAAAAUGCAACAACCGAAAUCUGGACGUUCUCUACCUCUUUGUUCUUUGCUGUUACGGUCGUUACGACAAUAGGAUAUGGAAAUCCAGUGCCAAUCACAACGAUGGGUCGAAUAGGUUGCAUCGUCUUCUCAUUGUUAGGAAUACCAUUGACACUUGUCACCAUUGCCGAUUUAGGUAAAUUCUUGUCUGAAAACCUCAUCUGGCUGUAUACAAAUUAUCAAAAAUUAAAAACGUACUUAUGCAGAAGACAUGACCAUCGUAAGGAUAGGGAUCAUGUAUGUCAACAUUGUCAAAGCCGAGGGUUAGGAAAUGUUCAUUUUGUUGAAGGGCCAAGAAUACCGGCCGCUCUGGUGUUGGUGAUCUUGAUUCUCUACACAGCGCUCGGCGGGGUGUUAAUGUCUCGAUUAGAACCGUGGAGCUUUUUCACCUCGUUUUACUGGUCAUUUAUCACCAUGACUACGGUCGGAUUUGGUGAUCUGAUGCCGAGACGUGACGAGUAUAUGUAUAUCAUUUUGCUCUACAUCAUUCUCGGACUCGCAAUCACAACAAUGUGUAUCGACCUCGUGGGCGUACAAUAUAUCCGCAAAAUCCAUUACUUCGGCCGAAAAAUCCAAGACGCCAGAUCAGCAUUGGCUGUGGUUGGAGGAAAAGUGGUCCUCGUCUCCGAGCUCUACGCAAAUUUAAUGCAAAAGCGUGCCCGGCAGAAUGCACGAGAAGCGUACAUCAUCGAAAAUAUGUACAUCUCCAAACACAUCAUCCCGUUCAUACCAACAGAUAUUCGAUGGAUACGGUACAUUGAUCAGCUCCCAAGCAGCCGGUCGCCAUCGACGGGGUCGCUCUCCGAGUUGCAUUCAUGCCGAUUCUGCCAUACACGUUACCAAUCGACGACG